AGUUGUUUAGGUCUGAUUUUGAAGAGGAAGAAGAGUCGUUGCGGGAUAAGGGGAGCGGUGUUGUUAUUGCCCACCUCUCGAUGAUCUUCGGAAGAGGCGGGGAGAGUGGCAGCGUGGACGCGUGGAGAGCGACCGAACAGAGUGGAGUUGCCACCGGAACGGCGUUGACGAAGGGGACGGUGGAAGAGUUUGGGUUGGAGAUUGGACCGGUUAACGUCGAGUGGGACCGAUGGAAUGAAAUUUGGGAAAUAGACAAUUUGGCCCUGGAGGUGACAACAAACAUUUUUGUAAACGUAGAGAGUGACGAGGGCGAGGGAGGGAGCGGGGAUGGUGGAGGCCAAGAAGUGGGCGAGCAUCUGAGCUAUAAGAGAUGGAGGGGACAUGUUGUUCGUAUUAUUUACAGAAUUAUUCACAGAAUACUUGAACAGUUGUGCAUAACGAACCUCACGCCUCCUCCACCCUCGCCUCCAAAUCCGUCGCACCUCCGUCACAGCCACCAGCGCACAUCUUCUGUCAUCGAUAAGUCUUCCAAGAAGAUCGCACUCGCUCUUGCACUUCCAAGCAAGGGCGACGAGCACGGAAUUCACUCGGAUACUGGGUCUGGUGGGGGUACGAGAGUGUAUCCUGUGAAUGCUGGUGAUCAUCAUCCCGACAAGCUACGUGCGACGUUCCAGACGUCGCUCGACAAGCUAGGACCGAAUAUCAAACCCCGCGUGUUUUACCUGCACGCACCAGACCGUAGUGUUCCAUUCAAGGAUACUCUGGAAGCAGUCGAGAUAUUCGGAUUGUCCAACUAUGCAGCUUGGGAAGUCGCCGAAAUCAUUGGUCUCUGCAACCUACACAACUAUGUCAAACCUAAAAUCUACCAGGCAAUGUACAACCCCAUCACACGCGCAAUAGAAGACGAACUCGUGCCGUGCCUUCGAAAGAACGAGAUCAGACUGGUGGUGUAUAAUCCCCUCGCGGGCGGUUAUCUCGCUGGCAAGGUCAAAGAUGGCUCUAUCCCAGAGGGAAGGUUUAGUGGCGAGUCGGGUAUGGCCAAAAUGUAUCGUGCAAGGUACUUGCAAGGCGCAUACGCUGAAGCCCUCGAGACCAUCCGCGCAGCAGCCGAAAAGCACCAGUUUACGAUGACCGAAGUCGCACUCCGCUGGAUGCAACACCACUCGGCUCUCUUACCCACCGACGGAGUCAUCCUCGGCGCCAGCAACCCCCAACAACUCGAUCAGACUGGGCGUGAAUUGUCCCAAGUACUGGAGGUGAGAGGUAGAACAAUGUGGUAUCAAAUGACUGUACAAGUCAGCAAUAAUGUUUCAAUAAAGAGUAUAGUGUCUAAUGUGCACAACGAGUUGUGGGUUACCAUCCUCCUCCAAUCCACCAUCCCGCCCAAACCAACACCUCAUCUCGAUUCGGCCGUGAAAAAGUCUAAAACAUCGUUGACAUCAUACAUUCCAAAUGCGUACUACAUGCUCGCUACACCUAGCGGUUUAUUUGCAAAAUCGAGUAAACACAUGGGUAGAGCGUCGGAUGGUCGUGUACGGCGGUGGUGGGUCGACUGGAUUGAUACGGAAACCGUUCCGGUUCCGUUGGUUCGUAGUUUAAGACUUCGUUUGGUUGGAGCUAAAGAGGACGGCUUCUUUGUGCAAAUGAAAGAUUGGUGA